GGCAGGGGGUGUUUGGGAUGGGCAGGGGGUGCCAACCAUCCGAGCCCAGCCCUCCCCAGGCACCUCCAGCACCCCCGGCCGUGUCCCCUGUCCCCAAACACAGCCCGGCCCGGCCCCCCCGGCUGCCCGGGGCUGUAACCGCAGCCGCGGCCGUAACACAAUCCCCGGCUCCGGUUCCCGGCUGCGGGCGCUGCGCUGGGAGCGGCAGGACGGGCUGGGAGCAGCGGGAUCGGGGGCGCCGAGCUGUCCCCAGGCAGGGACAAACCCUCCUGGAGCGUGGCCAUCCCCCCCAGCAGCUGCCGCAGGGCUGAGGCCGAGCCACCAUGAAGAGCCUGAAGGCCAGGUUCAGGAAGGCAGAUAGCCAGGACUGGACCAAGAACGACGAGAAGCUGCUGCAGGCCGUGGACUACAACGAUGCCGGGCGGGUCACGUCGCUCCUGCUCCGCAAGGGCCUGGUGCCCACCAAGCUGGACUCGGAGGGCAAAUCCGCGUUCCACCUGGCUGCCACGCGGGGCAACGUGGACUGCCUGGAAGCAAUGCUGGCCCACGGCGUGGAUGCCAUGACCAAGGACAGCUCGGGUUACACUGCCCUGCACUUGGCCUCCAAGCACGGCCACCCUCAGUGUGUCAGCAAACUGCUGCAGGCCUCCUGCCCCGUGGACGUGGCCGAUGGCAGUGGCCGGACCGCGCUGCACCUGGCGGCUGCCAGCGGCUGCAUCUCCUGCUCCGAGAUCCUCUGUGACUUCAAGGCUCCCUUGAACAGCAAGGACAAGGACGGCUCCACGCCGCUGAUCCUGGCUGCCAAGAUGAGCCACUCGGAGCUGUGCCGGUACCUGCUGCACCGCGGCGCCGCCGUGAACUGCCGGGACCUGCAGGGCAGGACAGCCCUGAUGCUGGCCUGCGAGAGCGGCAGCGUGGACACCGUGGAGGUGCUGGUCAGCGCCGGUGCCCGCGUGGCCGUGGUGGACGCCACCGGCCACGACGCCGCGCACUACGGGCUGGCCACGGGCAAUGCCCUCAUCCAGCACCUGCUGCAGGAGGCGGCCCAGCGCCGCUCCUGGGCCAGCGAAGAGGAGUCAACUGAGCAGGCGUCGCAGACGUCUUCGCCCAGCCAGUCAUCUGUCAGGGAGAAGAGCAGCACCCCGAGGAAGAGGAAGGCCCCUCUGCCUCCCCUGGGCACCCCCAGCCAGGAGGACCGGGAUGCCUACGAGGAGAUCGUGCGGCUGCGGCAGGAGAGGGCCCAGUUCCUGCAGAAGAUCCGGGGCUUGGAGCAGCAGGAGAAGCAGAGACGGGAGCGGGCGGAGCUGGAUGAGGCCUCCCUGCGCUCCAUGGAGAAACGGAUCCAGGAGCUGGAGGAGCGGCUGGUGGCACGGGACGGGGAGAAGGAGAAGCUGGGCAAGGAGGUGGAGGCUCUGCGGAGCCGCCUGUCCUCGAUGGAGAAUGAGAAGGAGAACACGAGCUAUGACAUUGAGACGCUGCAGGACGAGGAGGGAGACCCACUUGAGUUCCCAGGAGCAGAGAUGCUGCUAUCCAAGAAGACGCUGAGCCCCUCGGCCGAGGAGCUGCUGGCCACACUCCAGGGGCAGGUGCAGUCCCUGACCGUGCAGAACAAGGAGCUGAGGGAGAAAAUCCAGGUGCUGGAGAACUUCGAGCGGGAUGAGAGCAGCCCCCCUGCCCAGGGGGACGUGGUGCCCGCCAGUCUGUACCAGGCCCUGCAGCGGGAGCUGGAGCGGCUGCGGGCGCAGGGCAGGGAGGCCGCGGCGCGGGCCGGGGGGGACGGGCAGCGUGCUGCCUCGGAGCCCAUCCCGGAGGGAACCGCGGGGCCGCGUCCCGCCGAGGAGCCGGCCUGGGCCUGGGCCGAGUGCAAGGCGGCGCUAGGCGAGCUGGGGGUGCAGCCAUCCUCCUCCUCCUCACCCUCCGGCGAGCGGGAGCCGGGCGCGGAGCUGGCGGAGGCGCGGGCGGCCCUGAAGCGGGCACAGACCGAGCUGGAGGAGCGGGAGCGGCGGCUGAAGGAGCUGCAGGCCCGGCUGGAGGCCGCGGAGGCUGCGGCCUCGCCGGGAGCCUCUGUGGAGGAGGCGUCGCGGGAGAAGGAAGCACUGCUGCAGCGCUGCGGGCGCGCCGAGGCCGAGGCCGAGGCGCUGCGGCGGGAGCUGCAGCACGAGGCGGCCGAGGCCGGGCUGCGGGCGGAGGCGGCGGCGCUGGCGCAGCGGCUGCAGGAGCUGGAGCGGCGGCACGAGAAGACGUGCGAGGAGGUGUUCCGCGUGCAGCGGCAGGCGCUGUUCAUGAAGAGCGAGCGGCAGGCGGCCGAGGACAGGCUGGGCGCCGCGCAGAAGCAGCUGGAGCAGGCCCAGGACGAGGCGCGGCGGCUGCGGGAGCUCCACGGCCACGCCGAGGAUGCGGCACGGCUGGUCAGGGACAGGGACAGGAAGAUCACGGAGCUCUCCAAGGAGGUUUUCAGGCUGAAGGAAGCCCUGAACGCCCUCCCCGAGUCGGGGGGGCCCCCACAAUCCCCACCCAACACGGCCACACUCCAGGCGCGGAUCCGGGCGCUGGAGGAGAAGCUGGAGGAGACAGAGACGAGGCACAGCAAGGUGGUGACGCUCUACCGGAGCCACCUGCUCUAUGCUGUGCAGGGCCACAUGGACGAGGACGUGCAGAGACUCCUGUGCCAGAUCCUGAGGAUGCAGCGGCUGCAGGAGCAGGGCAGAUGAGCCCCUGCCAGCACGGGUGGCACAGGGACGGGGGGACAGGUCUGUCACAGCACCCUGUGUGUCCCUUUGCUUCUCAGGGCACCCAGCCCACCCCCAGCACAGCAGCAAUAAAGUUAUUUAUAGUCACACUAA